UGCGACGGUUGACAAUCAGACAAGCGUACAAUUACAAAUGAACCAGCGGUAAAUACAAAAUCGGAAAAUCAGUCAAACCAACAUGAAAAACCAGCUGCUGACCUAACCUUGGCAACCUAGUUGACACGGUCAUUGAUCUAGACUCUCUCUCUUGAGCUCUCUGGGCGUAAUGGCAUCGCCUUCUUCCACCAUCAACUUCCUGCCAUCUGAGGCAUCUGCGUCACCGGAGCUAAGACGGAGCCCCUCCCCCUUGGGCAGGCCUGGGAGCCCUCUCAGGUACAGAGAGCCGAGCUAUGGCCACAUCACGUCCUCCCUUGCAUCGCUGCCACCCUCCUCUACCAAUGACCCUGCCUUUCUGCAGCAAUUGGUGGUGCAGUUCAGAGCCCAGGUCAAGCAGCUUCAGCAGGAACGAGAUGAGAAGAUAGACAACAUGGCGCAUCUAAGACGAAGGCUGAAUGAAUCUGAGAGAGAUAAAUUAGAGCUGACAUCGGCUUUUAACUCAGAGAACUCUGACCUGCAGGCUCAAAUAGCCAAACUGAGAGCCCAGCUUGAGAAAGGGGAAGCUGAUAAGCAGAAUGUAGAAUAUGAACUAGCAGUGGCAAGGCAGUCAGUUAGCAGAGAGAAGAUUGGUGCAUCUGAGAAGGAACAACAGCUGAAAGGCAUCAUCACUUCACAAAGUGAGAAAUUAUCCAGCCUCAGUGCUCAGGUUCAAGAGCUUCAGAUUCAGGCUAGUCAACAUGAGAGGGAGAUGGUGAACAUACAGAAUAAACAUCACAGAGAAAUGGAUGAGCAGGAGAAGCGUCUUGCGAGUGUCAUCGCUGAGAGGGAUGUACUACAGACGGCCAAAGAUGAGAUUGAACAGGUCUUCCAUGAACAAGAAAGCUUGUACUCGGAUGCUCAAGAGAAGAUGACAGAGCUGCGAAUAGAGAGGGACACACAGACCCAGACUGUGAGGCAGCAGCUUCAUGAUCUCCAGGGGGCCGCAGAAAGAGAUGCAACUACCAGGACAGAAUUAGUGGCUGCAAAAGAAGAACUCAAAGAAAUGCAGGAGAGAAUAGAGAAGGAGAGAUCAGCUCACACAGAAUCCAAGUUUAACUUUGAAAUAGUACAGUGUCAGAAACGAGACUUGGAGGGAGCCCUCAGUGUUGAAAAGUCUGCCAGGGAACAAGCUAUUUAUAACAUGGAUGCCAUGAGCAAACAAAUCAGAGAACUUGAAGCUGCUUAUCAGGAAGAAAGAAGAGAAUGCACUUACAGCAAAGAGCAAGUUAAAAGACUCACUGCUGAGUACGAGACAACCAAGAAUGCUCUAUCAGCGGAGAUAGAUCAGAAGAGAGAAGUCUUAUCAGGGACCUCUCAACAGAUAGACCUCUAUCAGAAGAACUUUAAUGGUUUGAAAGAUGAACUCACAAGGGCCAAGAAAAGGCAGAUCUACCUGGAGGAGACGUAUGGAGGGUGCAUGCGAGAGCUGGAGCUACUCCUCUCAAACUUCCACGUAAUGGGGGAGGGCAACCUCCGACCCAAGAGGAAGAAUGUUAAAGGGAAGGGGAAGAGGAAGGGUGGGGAGGGGGCUGGGGUGGGGUCGCAAGAGCUCUCCCCCUCCCUGGUGCUGGAGACCCUGAGACACACACUGACAGACUACCAGCAGAGACUGGAUGAGACAACACAAGAGUUGAAACGUAUGAAGAUGAUCCAUGACAAACUUGCCAAUGAGUGUGAACACUAUAAGGAAGUCACAUACUCUAGAGACCACAUGGUCAAGGACCUCCAAAGCAAGCUAUCAAGUAACGUCAAAGAGCUCGAGAAGGUCAAAGGUCAGUCAAGCGAGCAGGAAACGACCUUGUCCCGUCUGAAGGUUAAGCUACAGAGAUCCCAACAGGGUCAUGAGAGUGAGCAGACAAAAGCAUACAAUAUGGCAGAUGAGUUUGUGAGACAGCUGACUAUGUUAGAGAAUGAGCAAGAGAAUAGGAAGCUCUACCUCCAUAGCAUCUACCAGCGUCUCUUAGCUGGUAGGGUGGUGAUGCAGGAAGAUUCGGCCAAAACUGGUGCCAAAAGCCUCGGCUGGCCCGAGAUUAGUGCCGGUGUGCAGGAGGAGGUCAUACAACUCAUGUCAAAUGUCAACAAGGCCAAUGAAAAAGUCAUUCUCCUAGAAAGUGAACUGAGAACCAAGAAAGAUCAGUUCAUGCGACUUGAAGACAACCAUAAAGAUGCUUUGGAUAGACUGGCACAGUCGGGUCAACAGAGGGAGACACACUGGGCCAGGGAGAAGGAAGAGCUAGAGCAUAGAUACCAGAAGAAAAUAGAGGAGUUGAAGAUUAAAACACAGAAAUCAAAAGUUCUCGCAAGUGAUGCCCUCGGCAAAGCCCGGCAAGACGGCUCAGCCAAGCAGGAGCUUGAAUCCCAGAUGUCACAACUCAGCACCACCCUGGCCACCCUGCACACCGAGAACUCGUCCCUCCUGGCCGCCUGCGCCCUCCUCAGCGGUGCCCUGCUACCGGUCUACACCCGGCUGGGACAGCUGGCGGCCCAGAGACGCAUCCUGGAGCAGCAGAUUGGCAACGUGAAUGCGUUCAAACGCCAGGCCAGGGAGCUGGCACAGAUGCUGGCGAUGGAGCCGGGGAAAGGGGCAGGGGCAGAGAGGGAUCAUUCCCGUACGAUGCAAGGGAAGAGGAGGAGGAGGAGUAGUCGAUGUCUGGUGAUGAGGUUUAGAGUUGCGGCCAUUGCUGUCAUGGCUGCACACAGAUUAUUGCACCUGGCUGGUCAAACCGAUCUUCUUUUCACCACCAAUGAGAAUACCAGUGGUUCUUAUGCUGUACCUCUAUGCCUAGGGAAUGCACACAUGCCUCAUAGAAAAUUCUCAGGUAUGAAUAGUAUAGCGAGUACUAGGUCCCUCCUUGAAGCACAGACGGCCAGCUGGUUGACCAGUCCUGAUCUGCAGGCAAGGAUUAUAGCUUCUGUAGCUGAUCUUCAACAGCUGAUCGGUCAAUCAAGUUCUUCCAACAAUGGUCCGAGCACUCACUCCAUCCUCCAAGCAUCCAUGUCCGCCUUCGAGAGCCUGGUAUCCCGACUGGCCCCCUGCUUUACCUCUGUCUCCUCCCUCGCCCCCACCGCGCCCUCCAGUUACCCCCCUUACCGCCAGCCAACCUACAUGGUGAGGGGACCGUUGGUGCGCUGCCUGGGGCAUGGUCUUAACAGGCUCCUUGCACACACAUCACUAGCAGGGGUCAAGAACCAGUAUGUCACUGUUGAGCAAACUAUGAUUGUCCUACAGAACCAGAUGGUAGACUUCUUAGACAGGCUGCACCAAGCUGAGGUAGAGAGGAGAUCACUGAAGAAAGAGAAUGGUAGAUUGCGGCAAGAGUCUGGUCAACUAAGACUAUCAUCGGGUAUAGCUUCUGACCUGCAGCAGGAAGUAGCAAAGCUUCAUGGAGAAAUUCAGAACUCUGUUGAGAGAGGAAAGUUUGAGAAAGUGUUCCAAGAGCUGCAGCAAGCUUUGGGUAGAGAGCAGGAGGCCCAGAGACUCCUGACGGAGCAGAGCACGAGGCUGGAGGAUCUAGGAAUACAACUCAACGUCAAGACUACUGAAGAGCUGGAGAAGGAUCACAACAUCACAGAGGCCAUUAAGGGCCUAUCUGAAGCCAAGAUGGAGCUGAGACGUAAAGAGCAGUCAGCGAGGCAGCUGAGCAGGCAAUUCUCCCAGAUGGAGAAUGAGAGACGGUCGCUACAGGACAGUCUGGCUGCUGCGGAGAGCGCGAUCAAGGCCAAUACAAGAGAUCGAGAGAGCACCGUUACCCAGCUGAGGUCACUCCAGGCGGCUGUAGCUAACACAAAACACCAUCUCCUUGCCAGAGCAGACAGCCAGAUUAUUGAUAGUUCUUUAUCAAAGGUAGAGGCUCAGCUUCUUGUCACAGCUGUUUCAUCUCCUGACAUGAUAGCUCUUCAAAGCCUUGUGAGUACAUUUGUUGAGACCCAGAAGACUGCCAUCUCGAGACUAACCACCCUGGAGCUAGAGAUCACCUCCCAUAAGCAGCAUAUAGCCAGGCUCAAGGAGGAACUCUCUGAUGCAUGCAGCAGACAGAUGGCAGAGGGAGAGGUGACUCCGUCUGUGAAUGGCUUUACAUCUAUGGCACAGACAGGAGACAGGUCUAUAGGAAGAUCCUACAAGCUAAACUAUGAAACAGACAGGAGCUACAGAGAUGUCUUUCUACCUCUCAGGGAAGUGAGUGAUCACAGCAUGCUUCACGUCAUGUCUACACCAGCCAUGGCAAGACAGGAUUAUCUAGCAGGAGUUGGGAUGUGUACUCCGGCAGGCAUCAGUUCGUCUCCCAUCAAACAACCCAGAGUAUGAACAAACGGUUACAUGGAAUCAGCAAGACACGGACCCUCGUCAGCUCUAAUGCAGAGUGGAAAUCUGGGCAGUAAACUACACUUCCAAUAAUCCUUCCCACCAAU